UUAAAUCCUUUUAAUACCGAUUUGGAAGUUUCUAUUUCCGUUUAAAGUCAUCAUCGGCCCGAAGAAUCAACAGCCCAAAAUCUGAUUGUCUCCGGAAAGCCACUGACCAACCGACGAAACUCUCUUGCGAUCUAAAAGAAAAGAUGAAGAAAGUGGACACAGUGAAACUCAUCAGCGCUGAAGGGAUGGAAUUUGUCAUCGACAAGGAAGCUGCCAUGGUUUCUCAAACCAUCCGUAACAUGCUUACUUCUCCAGGUGGUUUUGCGGAGGCGGAGCAUGGGGAAGUGACUUUUCCGGAGAUAAGUGCUGUGAUUCUUGAGAAGAUUUGCCAAUAUUUUUAUUGGUCUCUUCAAUAUUCCAGGGGUAAAGAGACUGAGUUCCACAUUGAACCGGAACUGACGCUGGAGCUGAUGAUGGCUGCUAAUUAUCUCCAUACUUAGCAUUUUUUUUUUACUAUUAGAUUGGUAUUCUUGCCCGAGAGGAGUAUCUAUGUUGUGCGCAUUUGAGCUCUCUGCUGCAUUGCAUAGUGGUAUUAUCUACAACUAUCUUGUGUGAUUGUUUUGACUUAGAACGUAGACUUCUGUAUGUAAAUGACUGUAGUGAACGAAAGAUGUGUGACUGAUUCUAUAAUCAGACACAAUUUUAG